GCUAGUAGCAAUCUUUAGAUUACUAAAGGGCUCGAUUAAUUGUCAUGGAGUUUAUUAGCGAGGAAUCCAUUGAUGAGCUAAUUCAAGUUCAAACUCAUAUAUGGAAUCACACAUUUUCCUUCGCCAAAUCCAUGUCCCUUAGAUGUGCAGUUCAACUAGGCAUCCCAGAUGCUAUCAACAGCCAUGGCAGAUCCAUGACUCUUUCUGAGCUGGUCGCUGCUCUGCCUGUCCACCCAACAAAAACUCAUCAUCUCCACCGUCUCAUGCGUCUUCUUGUUCACUUGGGUUUCUUUACGUCGGAGAAAGUUGCCGGCGAUAAUCACUUCCAAGAAAGCUAUUCCCUAACCCCAGCUUCUCGUCUCCUCCUUAAGGAUAACCCUUUCACUUACAAGCACUUCAUUGAUCUGGUGCUUGGUCCAUAUCUGACAAAACCAUAUGACAGCAUGAGCACUUGGUUCCAAAAUGAUGAUUCUUCACCAUUUUUAACUGAAUUUGGAGAGACACUUUGGGAUAAGGCAGGCCAUGAAUCUGAGCUUAAUCGGAUGAUUAAUGCAUCCAUGGGUGGUGAUAGCUCUCUGAUUGGCAAAGCGGUGAUCGUCAAAUGUAAGGAGGUGUUCGAGGGGCUUACUUCGUUGGUUGAUGUUGCGGGUGGCACUGGAAAUAUGGCUAAGGCCAUUGCUGAUGCUUUCCCUCACUUGAACUGCACUGUGUUUGAUCAACCACGAGUCGUUGGUGAUUUGCAAGGCAGCAAGAACUUGAAUUUUGUUGGUGGAGAUAUGUUUAAGGCUGUUCCACCUGCAGAUGCUGUUUUACUAAAGUGGACAUUGCAUGAUUGGAGAGAUGAAGACUGUGUGAAGAUACUAAAGAAUUGCAAAGAAGCAAUUACUAUCAGAAAUGAGAAACAAGGAGGGAAGGUCAUGAUCAUUGACAUGGUGGUGGGAGACCAGACCUCUGAUGCUGAUGAUAAGAUCACUGAAUCAAAGCUGUUAUUCGACAUAACAGCCAUGUCAUGUCUUACCGGUAAGCAGAGAAAUGAAAAGGAAUGGGCAAAUCUCUUCUUCAGUGCUGGAUUCAGCAGCUAUAAGAUCAACCCUGUGCUAGGACCCAGAGCUCUCAUCGAAGUUUAUCCUUGAUCAUUACAUCUACGUUAGCUCUCUUGGUUGCUGGAUUUCUUCUCCUUUAAUUUUUAUGAAUAGAAGAUAUAAAUAAGAUUAUGUUUGAUAAUAAUAUAUGCCAAAUAAGUAUUUAGACCGAAUAAAUUUUAUGUAUUUAUAC